CAACGAUCUGCCACAGUAAGAAGUUAUCGUCUACUGCGCAGCCGCAGCCCAGGUGACGAAGAUGGUGCUCAUCAAGGAAUACCGUGUCGUGUUGCCGGUCUCUGUCGAAGAGUAUCAAGUAGGGCAACUGUACUCUGUGGCUGAGGCUAGCAAGAAUGAGACGGGAGGAGGAGAAGGAAUCGAAGUUCUGAAAAAUGAACCGUACGAGAAGGAAGGAGAGAAGGGACAAUAUACACACAAAAUAUAUCAUCUAAAGAGUAAAGUUCCUGGGUAUGUGAAGAUGAUUGCACCAGAGGGAGCAUUAGUUUUUCACGAAAAAGCUUGGAACGCUUACCCAUACUGCCGCACUAUUGUGACGAAUGAGUACAUGAAAGACGACUUCAUGAUAAAGAUUGAGACGUGGCACAAACCCGACAUGGGAACAAUAGAAAACGUGCACGACCUGGAUGAGGAAACAUGGAGGACCGUAGACGUAGUGCGCAUAGAUAUUGCAGACAAAGAAGAAGUGGCCCCUGGGGACUACAAGCCAGAAGAAGAUCCCGCCCUUUUCCACUCCCCGAAGACGGGCAGAGGACCGCUGGGUUCCGACUGGAAGAACGAGCUGAAGCCAGAUUGUCCUUACAUGUGUGCUUAUAAACUGGUCACUGUCAAGUUCAGAUGGUGGGGUCUGCAGACCAAAGUGGAAAACUUCAUCCAUAGGCAAGAAAAGCGAAUUUUCACCAACUUCCACCGUCAGCUGUUCUGCUGGAUUGACAAAUGGGUUGGUUUGACUAUGGAGGACAUCCGGCGGAUGGAGGAGGAGACCCAGAAAGAGCUAGAGGAGAUGCGUCAGAAAGGUGACGUGCGAGGCACCACGGCAACAGACGAGUAGAGGCGCUGCGCUGUAGGUCAGACACUAGAGGCAGGCUGACUGCGUAAAAUAGGUCCGAUUCGAGGCACCAGUGCUGCUCAUGAGCAGUGAGGAAAAUCAACCAAACCCUGUCAUGAUGAUGUCAUCAGAGACGCGCCCAUCCCGCUGAGAAAAUGGCCCCCCGACUUCGCCUCUUCUCGUCCUGUGUCACAUAUUGGGGGGGUUUGAUGCGAUUGGUUAACAGUACUGUACAGAUCCCAUCCCCGUCACAAGCCUCCUGUUCACUCAGUUGACACACACACACAUACACACACACAAAAGCAUAAGAAAA